AUGCUGUGCAUGUCUCGUCGUGGGUGGAAGAGGACCUCGUUAACGACGGGUAUACUGACUGCGACUCCUUUUCCGACGCAAAACAUCGGUCUCCUAAGGAAAUUUACGGGACCUUGCGGUGUUAUUUCUGGAGGAGGUGCCAGAGGGCUCACUCCCGUAUUCGCGACAGGCCGGGCUGUAUCUCGGAUUCCACUUUCGACUAGACAGCUCAAGCAAAAGGAGCAGGCUCUUGUUCAAACGUCGGACCAAUCUGGAGUCAUUCAAGAAGAAUCGUUGAAGGACACAGAGGGCGCAGAGAAAAGGCUCAAGCGAUUGAAAGAGUGGCGCGUUGUACUUCACAAUGAUGACAUCCACACUUUUGAAUGUGUGGAGACCGCCAUCACAAAGGUCUUACCGCACAUCAGCCGCGCAAGAGCUUACGAUAUAGCGCUUCAUGCUCAUACCAAUAGGCAGGCGACGAUCAUACUGACCUGGAAGGAGAAAGCAAGCGAAGUAGCAACGGCACUGCAAGACGAAGGACUAACGGUGUCGAUACUUCCGGAAAAAAUAUUCACUGAGGAUGCCUGA